AUGUUUCAACAAACACAAUCAGAUCCAUUUCUAUUACCAAAUGGAACUACUAUCAACAGCCUACUCUAUGCGGAUGAUCUCAUUAUACUUUCACGAUCAAAAUCAGGUUUACAAAGCUGUCUAAACCAAAUAAAUGAAUGGUGUAGUAAAUGGCUAAUGGAAGUCAAUAUCAAGAAAACAAAAAUUAUGAUUUUUCAAAAACACAACUCCAAAUUACCAAACCUUCAUUUCCACAUUGGAGAUAAAAAGAUAGAUAUAGUCAAAGAGUAUAUCUAUCUUGGUCUCAAACUAGUACCAAAUGGGAAAUUUAAACUCGCACAACAACAACUAAGCGAAAAAGCUUUGCAUGCUCUUUAUAAAAUUCGUAAAAAUCUAGAUUUUCAUAAACUUUCACCAAAAACAGCAACAAAAAUUUUCGACUCAAUAAUUUCCCCAAUUCUACUAUAUAACUCAGAAGUCUGGGGAGCAUACGAAAAAAAUGAUCUGAAUAAAUGGGAUAAUUCAGAAACUGAAAAAAUUCAUUUAAGAUUCUGCAAGCUAUACCUAGGUGUUAACAGAAGAGCCAGUAACGUGGCUUGCAGAAGUGAACUUGGGAAAUACCCACUGCUGAUUACAAUAAAAAAGAAUAUACUGAACUAUUUUAAACAUAUUUUUAAACUAGACGACAACUCAAUAGUUAAACAAUCCUUCCUAAUGUCUAAACAACUACUUGAAAAAGGCAAAGAAUCUUUCUACACCAACGCAAUGAACAUGCUUAAAUCACUCUAUGAUAAUACAACAAACUUGGAAAAGUGA